UUAAAAGAAAGAAAGAAAUAAAAACCUUUUUGUUUUUACUCCUAUGUUGCUGUUUCUUCUUUAUUGGUUCUUUUCUCUCUCUCAACUUUCCCUUUAACUUAGAGAGAGAGAGAGAGAGGUUUCUGAGUGAGAUAGCAAUAGCACUAUUCUCACUUCCAUUGAAAUCUGGCGCAAUUCAAGAACGAAGGAGAAAAGUGUGAAGGGAUCACAAUCUACACUCAAUCACCACUUUCCUCUAUUUAUAUGCCCUUUUCAUGCUUGCCCAGAUACACAAAACAAAUAAAGUUUUGAUUUUUUUCAUGACCCUUUAAUCUUUCAAUGAUUUCAUAGUUAUUAGCUUUGUUGGGUCACUGAAAUUUUCUCAUAUUUAUUUGAUGUGAUCUAAUAUUUUACAUGGGUUUUGAUUAAUUUUCCUAAUAAGGAGAAUAUAUUAGAUACCCUUUUCGGUGAAAAUUUGAAUAGUGUAUGUAUGAGUAUGAUCAUGAUCAUGACAAUUUUGUUUUGAUUUGGUUUUGUGAGGUUUUUUAUGUGCAUGAGGUGUUUUUCUUGAGAUUUUGUUAUGUAUGAAGUUAUACACUUAUAUUAGUAACAAGAUCUUAGAUUUGAUUUGGAACUUGGAAGAGGGGAGAGAGAGAGGGAGAGGGAGAGAGAAAACUAUGCAGUCUAGAAUGGAGGAAGGGAAGGACCCUGCUGCAACAACUGCAAUAAGAGUGACACACUCUAGGCCAUUUCCAUUGAGACUUUUGCAAUUUUUCUUGCUAUUUUUGAUUAUUGGAAUUGGUGGUUCAUUUCUUAGUAUGUACAUGAUUAGGCAUUUUGGUAUUCAUAAUGUCGUACAAUCUUCGUUUAAGCCUUGUUUUCCGAAGCCGGCGAUUAUAGAGAAUUGGUUUAAGCCUCCAUCUAGUUUGUUGCACACUAUGAAUGAUGAUGAACUCUUCUGGAGGGCUUCUUUUGUUCCAAGGAUUAAGAAUUAUCCUUUUAAAAGAACUCCUAAGAUUGCUUUCAUGUUCUUGACUAAGGGACCUUUGCCAAUGGCACCACUUUGGGAGAAGUUCUUUAAGGGGCAUGAGAAGCUUUAUUCCAUCUUUGUUCAUUCAUUGCCAUCUUACAAUGCUGAUUUUUUGCCGUCAUCGGUAUUUUACAGGAGACAGAUCCCUAGCCAGGUGGCAGAGUGGGGAAUGAUGAGUAUGUGUGAUGCUGAAAGAAGACUUCUUGCUAAUGCCUUGCUUGAUAUCUCAAAUGAAUGGUUUAUCCUCCUAUCUGAGUCCUGCAUACCUCUCCAAAACUUCAGCAUUAUACACCGCUACUUAUCGCGGUCAAGGUAUAGCUUUAUGGGUGCAGUUGAUGAACCUGGUCCUUAUGGGAGAGGACGCUACGAAGAAAACAUGGCACCUGAGAUCAACAUCAGUGACUGGCGUAAGGGGUCUCAGUGGUUCGAAAUUAACCGAGAACUGGCAGUUAGAAUAGUUGAAGACAAUACUUACUAUCCAAAACUCAGAGAAUUCUGCACUCCACACAAAUGCUAUGUUGACGAACACUAUUUUCAGACGAUGUUAACCAUUAAUACUCCUCAUCUUUUGGCGAAUCGGAGCCUCACCUACGUGGAUUGGUCAAGAGGUGGUGCUCACCCUGCUACAUUCGGGAAGAAUGACAUCAAAGAAGAAUUCUUCAAGAAAAUUUUGCAAGAUCAGACAUGUCUUUAUAAUAACCAGCCAACUUCACUUUGUUUCUUAUUUGCUAGAAAAUUUGCACCUAAUGCUUUAGGUCCCCUUUUAGAUAUAGCGCCGAAAGUUCUAGGAAUAUGAAAAUUGUCUGGAUUCUGAGUUGCUGGCUGCAGCAUCCUUGCAGGAGUACCGUUUGGACCAUGUUAGUUAGCUACUGGCUUACUCCAUUUGAUUGCGUAAUUCAUCUUCUGCUUUCUCUGUUUCACAGAAAUAUUGAGUUGCUCCUCCGGCGUUUAGAUGUGUAGGACAUUGAAUUUAAACCGUAUACUUAUACAAGUAUUAGCCAAAAUAUAGACUAGCAUUUUAUUGGAUUAUUACUUGUUAAUCAAAUAAAUAUAUUACCUAUCUUAUUGGAAUAUGUACUGCUGCUACUGUUAAGUCUAGUUACUUUUUCUGGCCAUUUUAUUAUGCAAUAUAAUACCCUUGCCCAA